UACUCAUGAUGGGAGUUGUACCAAUGGUGAUUAUUAAUGAUAGAGGUGAUGCUUUCGUGUUGUGGGUGCUGGUGGCGAUGGUGGCGGUAAUUAUGGUGAUUUGUUGGUGAUGUAAAUAAUUUUAGUGAUGCAUUUGUGUUUUAUAUGUGAAUAUGGUGGUAAUCGUGGUUAUGGUUGUACAGUUUUGUUCGUGGUGGUGAGGUGAUGAUUAUAUUCAUCAUUGUGAUGUGGUUGAUAGCGGUGGUUAUGAUGAUCGUGGUGAUAAUUCUGGUUGUCAUGUCUGGUAGUGGUGAAAAUGAUUAUGGUGAUUAUAACGACGGUAGUGGUCGUGGUGAUGGUUGUGGCAUUUAUGGUGUUCGAGGUGGUAAGUGAUGAGGGCGACUGCGAUGGUAAUUAUGAUGGUGGUAGUGGUGGAUGGGCGAUCGUUGUUUUGAUAAUCUUGAUUGGAUCAUGAUCAUGCCGGCAGGGCCUCUGGUGAGGUAUAACGGCGCUAGCGUCACCCAUGCGGCGCAUCAGGGUGUGGGAGUGGACGUGCCUCAGGCCGUGGCGAUAAUCUAACGAUGGCCUCGCCAGGGUCAGGGGCUGUUUUUAUCGCUGCCAACCAACAGGAGACAUGUGGAAGCUGAUGCUGUUGCCCUCACUGUGUCUGCUGUGUACACAGUGCUAUGCCAGUGGAGACGUCUGACAUUGACAGCAGUAUUUCGAGUGGGCACACCAUCAAUGUUAACUACACUCGGGUUUUAUGUUUCUACAUUUACAGUGCGUCCAUUGGAAGUUGCAAGUGCAUUUUGCUUAACCAGACACGCAACUCGCUUGUGGCGGCGUACUACACGAACCGUGCGCUCUGCUUCGUCAAGCUUCAGCAGUGGGAGAAGGCGGUUUCCGAUUGCAAGCAUGCGCUGGAACUUGACAGCCAGUCGGUCAAGGGCCACUUCUUCAUGGGCCAGAGCCAGCUGGAGCUGGAGAACUAUGACGAGGCCAUCGCCAACUUGCAGCUGGCGUACAGCCUUGCCAAAGAGCAGAGGCUGAACUUUGGGGAUGACAUUGCCAGUGCGCUACGGAUGGCCAAGAAGCGCAGGUGGAGCAGCUUGGAGGAGAAGAGGAUCCAGCAGGAGAUUGAGCUGCAGGCCUACCUCAACAGGCUCAUCACGGAGCAGAAAGAACGGGAAAUAGAGGCAUAUAAAGAGAAGAUAAAGAAUGAAAAAGAGGAGCAAUUGACAUCUGACGAUAUUGAAAACAUCGAAGGCAAGCAUGACAAGUGGAUGAAGGAGCUCAAUGAUCUGUUUGCGCAAGUGGAUGAGAGACGGAAGAAGCGCGAUGUGCCGGACUAUCUGUGUGGAAAGAUAAGCUUUGAGCUGAUGAGGGAGCCUUGCAUCACGCCCAGCGGCAUCACAUACGACCGCAGUAACAUCGAAGAGCACCUACAGCGGGUUGGCCACUUUGACCCCAUCACACGGAGUCCCUUGACUCAGGACCAGCUCAUCCCGAAUUUGGCUAUGAAGGAGGUGAUCGACGCGUUCAUCACUGAGAACGGCUGGGUGGAGGAUUACUGAGAAUAAUAACUGGAACACGCGCCACUGUGGGCGCACGGAGCACUCGCACCCCCUACGGAUCGUAGAUUCCGUCACUCGGCUGCUUCAGCACGGAUGUUUGGCCCUAGCGUGUGCUGAGCUUCUUUGGCGGGGUGGGGGAUGGGUGCCUACUUGCUGAGGUUGAAGACAAGGUUCGCGUUCACGUUGCGUGUUACAAUGGGUUUGAUUUUUGUUGUUUUCAUGUAAGUGCGAUUAAUCCAGUAUGGGUGGUUAUACUCCUUUCCACCGAUAACGUGUAAUAUUCAGAACGCGUAUAGAUAUAAAUAAAAUUGCCAUUGUAUACAAUGUGAGCUUGAGAAAGCUACGUAACCAUCCACGUACCUUUCUGAGUUGGAGAGUUGGGCAGGAAAGUCGAUAUGUUGGCUGUAAAAAAAAAAAUACUUUACAUAUACAAAAACAUUAUUGGACAUGCAUAUAUGUUGUAAAUACAAGCAAGACAACCAAAUCUGGGAUUUGGUAAACUUUUCUUUAAAAAUUUACAUCGUUUAUGUUGUUUAAGUGUAACGUAUGAAAUAUCUCCGGCUUGAGUCAGCUUCCAGUUAGAAUUACAAACGAGGUUACAUCUCGGCAGGUAGCAGUGCUGUUGUAACGUUCUCUAAAGGCCACUUGGCUUUCUGGUAUGUAUUAUUAAAGACCGCUCAACAGCAUGACAUCAAGCAAGUGCACCUUUAUUUUUCAAAGCAGUUGAUAGCACUAGAAUAGUAUGUUGUGGUGCAGUGUAGGAAACUUUGGCACAACUCAGACCAAACCAAUUUGAAACUGCCUAAAGCACGCGCGUUUAGCCAUUCAUUGAGUUUCAUUAAAAAGACGUCCAUAUACGCCAAACACUGCUGAAUAUAUAUCACUUUUCAGUGUAUUGGAGUAAUUCCUACUUGAUCACAAACACUGCAAUGUGAUUAGCCGUUCACUUCCUGCUCAGAGACCAGUUUACGAUUGAUACCUGGCACGAAUUACAGAGCAACAACUUCCCUUGCAAAAAAAUAGAAUUUGCCAAACUUUAAGGGCUGCCAGUACAGUAGCAUGGUGUGAGCAUAAGUUUAGAAAUAAGGACCGUUUAACAUCCUACUUGCAGGGGUGUGUAUAAUGCAGCCGCGUGCACUUGUUGUUACAUGUACUUUCACGAUGUUCAUGUAAUGUUCUCAGUACUUGUCAGAAUGUUGCACAGAGUCCAGUCCUGUCAUCUUGAGAUAUGAAAGGUGAGCUCUGCCGUUGUCUCGCUCAUUGCAGCUGGAACUUUGUUUAGCGCUGUUUCAACGCUCGCUUCGUUGUGCGACGUUUCUUUUUUUUAUCGUUCCCUGUCAGAAUAUGUACAGAGACUGCAUCCUUGGACUUAAGUGAACAUAUCACACUGUCUGUAGUGGUGAGAAUAUAUUGUAUACUUUCUUUUGACAAAUAAAGAUUUAUGAAAAACAAG